AUGGCGACCUUUCUGGAGCAUUCGUACAGCUUAGUCCACCUGGACAAUGCUGCGGACCAGCCGUCGCAGCAAGACCUCAAGAACCAGCUGGAGAAGGGAAGCGAUGAGAUGAAACAGGAAACGAUGAAGCGCAUAUUGACGAUCAUGCUCAAUGGCGACCCGAUGCCUGGCUUGCUAAUGCACAUCAUUCGAUUCGUUAUGCCGAGCAAGAGCAAGCCGCUAAAGAAGCUGUUAUAUCUGUAUUACGAGAUAUGCCCCAAGCUCGAUGCCAGCGGAAAGCUCAAGCAGGAGAUGAUUCUGGUCUGUAACGGUAUUCGUAUGGACCUGCAACAUCCGAACGAGUACAUCCGCGGCAACACCCUCCGAUUCCUCUGCAAGCUGCGAGAGCCCGAGCUCAUUGAACCGCUCCUCGCCCCUGCACGCUCCUGCCUCGAGCACCGUCAUUCAUACGUGCGCAAGAAUGCCGUAUUCGCCAUCGCUUCCAUCUACCAACACUCUGAAGCUCUCAUGCCAGAUGCUCCAGAGCUCAUUCAAAACUUCUUGGAAUCUGAAAGUGACAACACCUGCAAGCGCAAUGCUUUCGCAGCACUCCUCAGCAUCAGCCAUGAAAAGGCUCUCGAGUACUUGAGUGGUGUGUUCGAAGGCAUUCCCAACUCAAGCGAGCUGCUUCAGCUGGUCGAGCUCGAGUUCAUCAGGAAAGAUGCUGUACAAAACCAGCAUAACAAGGCUCGAUACUUGCGCCUCAUCUUCGAUCUUCUAGAAGCCAAGGACUCGACCGUUGUCUACGAGGCCGCUUCAUCUCUCACAGCACUGACAAGCAACCCAGUUGCAGUCAAGGCUGCUGCCGGCAAAUUCAUUGAAUUGGCCAUCAAGGAGCCGGACAACAACGUCAAGCUCAUUGUGCUCGAAAAAGUGAACUCGCUACGAAAGGCCAACGAGGGCAUUCUCGACGACCUUACGAUGGAAAUCCUACGUGUACUUUCGAGCCCGGAUCUUGACGUGCGGAGAAAGGCUCUUGAGCUGGCAAUGGACAUGGUCUCGAGCAAGAACGUGGAGGAAGUCGUCAUGCUGCUCAAAAAAGAGCUUUCCAAGACUGUUGACGAGCAAUAUGAGAAGAACAACGAAUACAGGUCGCUGCUCAUCCACUCCAUACAUCAGUGCGCUAUCAAGUUCUCCGAGAUUGCGCAGAGCGUGGUUGGAUUGCUCAUGGACUUCAUCUCGGACUUCAACAACGCCUCAGCGGUGGAUGUCAUCUCAUUCGUCAAAGAGGUGGUUGAGAAGUUUCCCAAGAUGCGCAGCUCGAUCGUUGAGAGGCUGGUGUCCACCCUCAGCGAAGUGCGUGCCGGCAAAGUCUACAGAGGAAGCUUGUGGAUCGUCGGAGAGUACUCUUUGGAACAGAAUGAUAUCAAAGAGGCAUGGAAGCGAAUUCGAGCCAGCUUGGGUGAGAUUCCCAUUGUUGCAUCUGAGGCACGACUGCUUGAAGAGCAGCCUGAUGGCGAAGCGGAGCCCAACGACCAAGUCAAUGGUCACGCGAAGCCUGCAGCACCCACCGGUUCGCGAAAAGUGCUCGCAGAUGGCACAUACGCUACGGAAAGCGCACUUACCAGCACAGCUUCGGCUAAAGCGAAGCUUGAUGCUGUCAAGGCUGCACAGAAGCCGCCUUUGCGUCAGCUGAUUCUGGACGGUGACUACUUCCUCGCCACCGUGCUCUCAUCUACAUUGACCAAGCUCGUGAUGCGCUUUUCGGAAAUUUCAGUCGACCAAGCGCGUGUGAAUGCUCUCCGCGCCGAAGCCAUGCUGAUCAUGAUCUCGAUCAUCCGUGCUGGCCAGUCACAAUUUGUCAAGGCGCCCAUUGACGAAGACUCUGUCGAUCGUAUCAUGUCCUGCGUGCGCUCUUUGGCUGAGUUUCAACAAAAGAAGGACCUGGAAGUCGCAUUUCUUAACGAUACCCGAAAGGCUUUCCGCGACAUGGUCCAAGUCGAAGAGAAGAAGCGCGCGGCCAAGGAAGCGCUUUUGCAAGCUAAGAAUGCCAUUCAAAUCGAUGACGUGGUGACAAUCCGUCAGCUCAAGCCAAAGAACCAGGAUGGGGGUGACGAAGCCGAGAUCGAUCUCGAGAAGGCAACAGGUGGUGACGCCACCACUGAAGACCUUUCCAGUAAGCUGAAUCGCGUUGUUCAGCUGACUGGCUUCUCCGAUCCGGUCUACGCGGAGGCCUACGUACAGGUGCAUCAAUUUGACAUCAUCUUGGACGUGCUUUUGGUCAAUCAGACAAGAGAAACGCUUCAGAACUUAUCGGUCGAGUUCGCUACGCUAGGAGACCUGAAGGUUGUGGAGAGACCUACGACGCAGAACCUUCCAGGGCUCGACUUUUUGAACGUGCAAGCAACGAUCAAAGUAUCGUCAACCGACACAGGAGUAAUUUUUGGAAAUGUUGUUUAUGACGGACCUUCCUCCACGGAGAGCAACGUGGUCAUCCUGAAUGAUGUUCACGUCGAUAUCAUGGACUACAUCCAGCCAGCACAAUGUACAGAGACACAGUUCCGGACCAUGUGGACCGAGUUUGAGUGGGAGAACAAGGUUAACAUCAACACCAAGAUGCCGGCCGGCAAAGGUCUUCGGGAGUUCCUGCAAGCCUUGAUGAAAGUAACAAACAUGAGCUGUUUGACGCCAGAGGCCAGUCUAGAGGGAGAAUGCCAGUUCUUGAGCGCCAAUCUCUACGCGCGAUCUGUGUUCGGCGAGGACGCUCUCGCAAAUUUGAGUGUCGAGAAAGAGGGCGAGAAUGGGCCUGUCACAGGUUUCAUGCGGAUACGAAGCAGAUCACAAGGCCUAGCCUUGUCGCUGGGAUCCCUCAAAGGUUUGAACAAAAUCGGAGAAUUGGCCUGA